CUGGCUAAAUUAGGGUCUUCUAUGGAGGUUGAUUUUGCUGUGUUUUCUUAUCCAUCUGUGGACAUCCUUUCAUAUAUAUACCUGCAGGCUGCAACCCAUAAAGAUUAUAGAAACUGAUAUAUGAAUAAGAUAUACGAAUGAGAAAACAACAUAACUACGUACAAAUGGCGAUCGAUUCAAGAAUAUUGCUGCUAAGCAUAGUUGUUCUCUUGCCCAUUUGUUCUGUUUCUCAAGAGAUGGACAAUUCAAGCUUGAGAAUAAAAGCAGUAAAUCUGGGAGGUUGGCUGGUCACAGAAGGAUGGAUUAAACCUUCUCUCUUUGAUGGCAUCCCCAACAAUGACUUUUUGGAUGGAACCGGGCUUCAGUUCAAAUCAGUAACAACUGGGAAGUAUCUUUGUGCUGAGACUGGAGGGGGAACCAUUAUAGUUGCUAACAGAACAGCUGCUUCAGGGUGGGAGACUUUUAGUUUGUGGAGGCUCAAUGAGACAACUUUCCAAUUCAGAGUCUUCAAUAAGCAGUUUGUGGGGCUGAACGACAAUGGGAAUGGGAUUGAUGUGGUAGCUGUUUCAACCACGCCUGGUAAGUCUGAGACAUUUGAGAUUGUAAGAAAGUCUGAUGAUAAAACCCGUGUUCGAAUCAGAGCACCCAAUGGAUUCUUCUUACAGGCGAAGUCAGAAGUGUUGGUGACUGCAGAUUUUGCAGAGAAUAGCGAAUGGGGAGAUAGUGAUCCCUCAGUUUUUGUGAUGAAAAAUUCUGGAGGGUUACAGGGCGAGUUUCAAGUGACUAAUGGUUAUGGACCACAGAGAGCCCCUCAAAUUAUGCGGAACCAUUGGAACACAUUCAUAGUUGAGGAUGACUUCAAGUUCAUAUCAACAAACGGAUUGAACGCUGUGAGAAUUCCUGUUGGUUGGUGGAUCGCAAGCAAUCCAACGCCAAAGCCCUACGUUGAGGGAUCAUUGCAAGCGUUGGACAACGCCUUCUUGUGGGCUAAGAAAUAUGGGGUGAAGAUUAUAAUUGAUCUUCAUGCAGCACGUGGUUCUCAAAAUGGUUAUGAACACAGCUCUUCUAGAGACGGCUCUCAAGAAUGGGGUAAAACAGAUGAAAAUAUUCAACAAACAGUUGAUGUCAUAGAAUUCCUAACUGCAAGGUAUGCAAAGAACCCAAGCCUUUAUGCAGUUGAACUCAUCAAUGAACCUCUAGCUCCAGGAGCAUCACAAGAGAGCCUAAACAAGUACUACAAGGCUGGCUAUGAAGCCGUGCGCAAGCACUCCAAUGCUUAUGUGGUGUUGUCUAACCGGUUAGGACCGGCCGACCCGAGGGAGUUCUUCUCUCUUGCUAGUGGCUUCAUGAGAUCAGUCAUAGAUGUCCAUUAUUACAACCUCUUCUCCAGCGAAUUUGACAGCAUGACUGUUCAGCAGAACAUUGAUUUCGUUCACACCAACAGGACCUCGCAGUUGAAUUAUGUCACAACAUCAAAUGGACCCCGUAUUUUGAUUGGCGAAUGGGUAGCUGAGUGGCAAGUUAAUGGAGCAACAAAAGAAGAAUACCAAAAAUUUGCCAAGGCCCAACUAGAUGUUUAUGGGCGAGCAACAUUUGGAUGGGCUUAUUGGACUCUUAAAAAUGUCAAUAACCAUUGGAGUUUGGAGUGGAUGAUCAAGAAUGGCUAUAUCAAACUUUAGUUUAGAAUUAUGGUGGUUAUUGUACUUCCAAUUUACUUUUUUUUUUUUUUUUUAAAUAAACACUUCGAUCAA